AUGACUAUCGGCGCCUUCGAAGUUUCGAAAACCCGGCGCAAGUGGCAGGUCGCCCUUGCUACUAUAUACUGUCUUUUAAGUGCUGGUGUCGUCUUUGGAUAUGCUGCUAUUAAGCCGGUUUUAAUCGCGGAGGGCGUAUAUCGGGAUAGAUGUACGGAUGAUGAAAUAGAUCGGGAUGUGAGGGUGUGCUUUGGGCAAGAAUUACAUUUGAACUUCAUGUUCACCUGUGCAGCUGUUGCAACAAAUGUCUGCGCUUUGCCCGUCGGUACAAUUCUCGAUAAAUACGGUCCUAGGAUUAGUGGCAUGCUCGGUGCUGUUUUCUUUGCUGCCGGAUGCCUACUGUUCGCUUUUGCCUGGGAACUCCCGUUUGAUGCUUAUAUUCCUGCAUACCUUUUUCUCGCCCUCGGUGGCCCGUUCGUCUUCAUUUCGUCUUUCCAGCUCUCUAACACGUUUCCUACGAGCUCUGGCUUAAUAUUGUCCCUCCUCACCGGUGCUUUCGAUGCAUCCUCUGCCAUAUUCCUUAUAUACCGCCUCAUUUAUUUCGCCAGUGGCGAAACAUUCUGGCCUAAGAAGUUUUUCCUAGUCUAUCUCAUCGUUCCAGUUUUCACCUUCCUCUCCCAGGUUUUCGUUAUGCCUCGGGAAUCUUACAAGACCGUAGGCGAAUUGGUACACAUGGUUGAAGAAGACCAAUAUCAUUCUUCGGACGAAGAGCUUCCCGCCGAAGUCCGUCACUCAGUACAAGAAGAACGUCGCGCCUCUGUAGCCAGCGAAAUAGAUCUUCUCCUCGGACCCAAAGGCGGCGAACGUCAUCAGAAGCGUGAGACUGCAAAGAAGCAUAUUUCGGGUGUGUGGGGAGCUCUACAUGGCAAAACCGCACGCGAGCAGAUUACCAGUUGGUGGUUUGUGCUGAUCACGGCGUUUACGGUUAUUCAAAUGACAAGGAUCAAUUAUUUUGUGGCAACUAUAAGGCCGCAGUAUACGUAUUUGCUGGGAAGUUAUGAGGACGCUGUGGAGAUCAACAAUUUCUUCGAUAUCGCACUACCGAUGGGAGGAUUAGUCGCUGUUCCAUUUAUUGGCGCUUUACUCGACCGAACUAGCACAACAUUCAUUAUUGGAUUGUUGGUAACAGCCGCAACCGUAAUUGGUAUCUUGGGUAUUCUCCCAUAUAAAUGGGCUGCAUAUCUGAAUGUUAUCCUGUUCGUGGUGUACCGUCCGUUAUAUUACACUACUGUAUCGGACUACGCUGCCAAAGUCUUUGGCUUCGUCACUUUCGGUAAAGUGUAUGGUACAAUUAUCUGUCUGGCUGGCCUCUUCAACUUCGUACAAUCAGGGCUCGAUGCUCUGACAUACACGGUAUUUGGGAAGAAUCCUGUACCUGUUAAUGUUAUACUUCAAGUUUCUGCGAUGUUAGUUGGAACAGCGUUGGUGGCAUAUAUCAAUUUCCAGUCAAAGAAAAUGAAGCGGGAUGAAUUAGUCAGGGAGGCAGAGAGUGCAGAGGAAACAGCGAUGCCUGUACACCUGGGUUUUGGAGAGAGCAGUUAUACGCAGUAG